AUGGAGGAUAAUGCACCUGCCCAUAAGGCAAUAAUCAAUCAACAACACCGUGAUUAUUAUAAUAUACCUUCUCUUGUCUGGCCUGCCUGUUCUCCAGACCUCAAUCCUAUCGAAAAUAUCUGGAAUCUACUCAAAAAUAGGAUAAAUAUGAGAUCUCCCCAUCCUAAGGGGGUGGAUGAAAUGAGGGUUGCCAUCACGGAUGAGUGGAAUAGGAUCACGGAGGAUGAACUGUUAGAGUGUAUAGAUACCAUGCCAGAACGGAUCGCUGCUGUGAUAGAGGCAGAUGGAGGACACACCCGCUGGUAG